AUGGUAGUCGAGAACAUCCCGCGCGGCGCCAGCGAUGGAACAAGCGAGACCCUCCUCCAACAAGCCGAAACCCACGCGCUGACGCGACGGGCGGAGGCCGGCCUGCCGCCCGUCAACCGGCUGACGGACAUCUACAACGCCAUCUCCAUCAAGCACGAGCUGCCCUUCGGCGGCGAGGACCUCGACAAGUACGACGGCGCCCCGUUCCUGAUCCGCGCCACCGGCACCGAGCCAUUCCAGACCUUCUCGGGCGGCGAGCCGCAGAAUGAGCUGGCGGCUGGAGGCGAGCCGAUCUGGUGCGAUGCCUCGGGCAUCACCUGUCGCCGGUGGAAUUGGCGGCAGGGUCCCCGCACCGCGUUGCCGGAUGAGACGAGUCGGGUACUCUUCAUUAUUGAUGCGUUGGGGGAGGUGGUUUCUGAUGAGGCGCUUACGAGCGCGGCAGAUGAGCUGGCGGGCGUGCUGUGGGGUCUUUCACCUGAGGUACGGGUCGUUCGUCGGCUUAUUAGUGCGUCGUCGUCGGAUUGAACUAGGAAUAUGGAGUCUUGUUUAGGUUGUGCUUGGUUUCUGUCAGUAUUUUUAUGCGAUGGUGAAGUAGAUGCAUAUUUAGAUUAUAGACUUCUGCUUCUUCUUCUUCUUCUUCUUGACCCUCCAAAGUCUUGGAUCAAUGCUCCCUAUUGUCGGCGAAGGGCUCCAAAAACGGAGUUUCCAUGGACUAGAAGAUUCCAGAAAAAGUCUGCGCUCCUGCUUAAACUGUUGUCACUCAAAUUAGCAGGAACCAAGGUCAUCAUCACUGGGAUAUGCAGAAUAUUCAGCGUCUCACUGCAGCAACCUUACCCGGGAAUCAGUUCCGGGUUUGCG